AUGUAUGUGGUGUUUCUGGGACAUGAGGCUUCACCUGGUUUCUCGGAUAGGUCUUGUCGAACUAAUGUGAAGUCGUUCGGGAAUGCGAGGAGCAAGGUGGAGCAUGGCGAUGAACAGUCGGUUAACUUGUGGAACGAUAAAUUGGUGGGCUCCUCGUCUCUGAGAUCGUUCAUUCAUGGUCCUCUCCCUCAUGAUGAGGAAAUCAGGAAAGCAAGCUCCAUCAUCUCUUCCUCCCGUGAAUGGAAACUGGACUCUCUCCCCUUUGUCCUCGGUUCCUCUGUGACUGCUGCCAUCCGAGGAAUCCCCCUCAGCUCCACCAUCUCUGAUUGUGAUCGAGUGAUCGAUGGUCUUAUGUUGAAUUCUUUUUUAUGUGUGCAAUUGCAGGUUGACAAUAAGCCGAUCCCCAGUAGCUCUGACGCCGUAAAGCCCAUCAGAGCCUUGGAGGAUGCUAUCAAGGAGUUACGAACCCGAAAGAGAGUCCGACGUGAAGGCGUCUCUGUUGGGACGACCAGUUUCAACAACAGUGGGUCAUCGGCACCCGCCUUUAAUAACAACUCUGAGAAGCUGCCCUCUGGAUACCAAUACCAAGCACCUAUCCCCUACUUCGAGGUAUAUCUGACAUAUCCUAAUAACAUGGCUGCAAGUGCGAGUGGUCAGACCAGCAACUCGAACCCUCUGCCAGCGCCCACCGUCAACUCCAAUCUUAAUAACAUCAUACACAUCCAGACCUGGACAUCCUCAAAGGUCUACCUGUACAUCAGUGGAGGCGUGGCAUGCAUCGGCAUCGUCUCUUUGAUCAAGUCUAGUCUCCUUCCUGCUAUACGCACCAUGCUCGAGAACCAUAAUUUCGAGCUCCUCUCCAUGAGAUCUUCCUCACGUGGCAACUGGAAGAGUUUCUUCCUUAAGAUUCGAACCAGUAGACCAACACCGGACCAGAUGCUGAAUGGAGUUACAACGAGGCAGCUGUACAAGGACGUUGCUAAUGAGAUCGCAUUGAUUGUCUGAUCAACGAAUCCCUAUAUUGAGAAUGAUCUGCCCAAGAAACACCCCAUAUAUAUCGUCCAUUAGGAUAUAUAUACAGGCUUACAAGUUUUGGAAGCAGUGCAGAUUAAUAUUAAUACUUGCAAAAAUAUCUCGAUGAGUGCUUGCUCAGAUCAUAUUAUCAGGGGUUCGGUUAAUGGAACAAGGAGCGAUCUCAUUACUCGUUAAAUCCCAGCGGUAGCUACUAUGCGUAUAGCAACGUAAUUAUAGCCCAAUUACACUGAUCCUCUAUCACGUAAGUCUGAGUCUGGUAUCACGUUGGACCAAAGCCUCCAUAUAACACUUCACGAACCACGGAAUAACCUACUGAGGUCAAAAUCAUUGCGUCAAAAACCAGCCUUGCAAGACUUGCUACUUUAUUAGAGACGUGUUUCGCAAGCUCAUUGAUCCAAGUAACUGCGGACCUGUUGCGGCACACGUGGGUGGCAGCACGCAGUGCUUCAGUGAAAUGCACUCUACUAAUUACUGUUUCUCCGGAGAUCAUAGGUUAAGAAGUGUGUAGUAUAUGCUGGACAAUUGAUCCGGGGAAAUUAAUUGUACGGAUGGAUCCCCCUCAAUUUAUUAUAUAUGCCACUAUUCUUUUAGAAUGUUGAACAUGCAUGAACCGGUGGGGUAUCAGAUAAAACUGAGUGA